AUGGCCUCAAAACAGCCUCAGUCGCCUCACGAAGGCUGUAACGACGUGAGGCCCUGUGAAGUGCCGCGGCGCAGCACCUUGCGCUGCGCGAAGCCCAUGACCGUGAUAGCCUCUAUUUGGGAAAGUUCGGACCUAACCCUAACCCCUGGUCGCUGGUUGCCGUCUGAGUUUUUCGUCAUGAAAGGAGAAAGUUCGAAAGCUGAUUUAAGGAAAGCCGACAGCAGGCUUGCUGUUAGGAAGCAGACAAAGAAAGAUAAGCAAGCAGCAAAGGAUCCAAACAAGCCCAAGAGGGCUCCAAGUGUUUUCUUUGUUUUCAUAGAAGGCUUUAGCGGCAAUGCAAGGAAAAGCACCCUAAAAACAAAUCAGUUUCUGCUGUGGGUUGGCGAAGCUGCUGUUGAAAAGUGGAAGUCAAUGAUUGACGAGGAAAAAGCUCCCUUUGUGGCAAAGGCAGAGAAAAAGAAGGAAUAUGAGCGACAGAUGGAAGAUUACAACAGAAAACUGUCUGGAGAUGAUGAUGGUGAUGAUGAUGAUGAUGAUGAUGAUGAUGAGAUGCAUCAGACAAAUCAAAGUCGGAGGUUGAUGAUGAGGAAGACAGUGAGGAGGGGGCCGAUAAUGGAGGGUUUAAUGGGCCCCACCAAGUUCCGGAAGAGGGUGGCAUGGGAUCAUGAGCAAUUUUCGAGGCUGAGAGUCACGCAGCAACUCUCUCUAAACUUCCAGUUGCACCCGAUUUCCUGGAAAAUACUGGCAGCCUGUGAGAUAACAGGAAUUUUAUUAAUGAAGCUUUGA